CAUUGCGCCAUAGGCGGGGUACCCGGGGCGGAGACCUAGAGCGGAGCAUGCUGGGAGAUGCAGUCCCAUUGUCUGCCCGAGCCGGCCGGUUCCAUUGUUUCACUUACAAGGAAAAAGAGUUGUCUCGUUACAUGUCCUUCGCAUCAUUACAAAGAACUUUAGAUUGUCUGUGGUCGUCAUAUCUUACAUAGGUUACAGUUCCACUGUGGAAGAUGAUAAUCAACUGAUGCUCCUACAAAGAUCUUCCUAGCAGAAAAGUGAUGAAGGCAUUAGAAGGAACAGAUGUUUUGGGUUGCUGAAGAAUUUGAAGGUAAUAAAAAAUAAUCUUAAGUGGAGUUUUUCUGCCAUUUUCUUAAAUUCAACAAUGAAUGAAGAAAUAAUUACGGAGGGCCAACAUUCAAAUUCUUGUGAUAACUUAAGUGGAGAUGUCAUGGCUAAGAGUGAAUCGAACAAUUCCGACCAAAAUCUCUAUAAUGGAGGUUUACAUCUCUUUAGAAAUUCAACAGUGAAGCAAGAGAGUGAGUGUAAUUUCGAUGAUGGCCAAGAUUCUGCUCCAGAGAAAGCAGACCUACAAAGAAAGCCUUAUAUCUGUGUUUGUGGAAAAAGUUAUACAAUCAAAUCACAUCUUUAUAGACACCUGAAAACUCACAUGGUCCAGAGUGCAUCUUUAGAAGAAUACAACCAGAAAAACCAUGGUAAAGGCACCGGGAAGGAGAAACGGGUGACAAGGGAAAAAACCUUUACCUGUGAAUGUGGAAGAAGUUACACCACCAGCUCACAUCUCUACAGACAUCAGAAAACUUGUGCGAGGCAGAUGGUGGUCAAGAAAGAAGAACAUGAAGCUGGGUGUGAUGGAGGUCCUCAGAUAGUGUUAAGGGAAACUAAAAUAAAGUCUUAUCAUUGUAUUUGUGGGAGAAGUUACACUACCAGCUCACAUCUUUAUCGACACCAGAAAAAACAUCUAGCAGAAAACUUAACAUUAAAACUCGAGAAUGGGAUGGAAAGUGGAGAAGGCUCAGCCUUAGUGAAGCAGAGAGGAGAAGAGAAUCGUUACAUCUGUGACUGUGGGAGAAGUUACACGAGUAGGUCCCAUCUCUUUAGGCAUCAGAGAACGCACACAGAACGCAUGGGUAUUACAGGAGCAGAAAGUGAACAUCUGACCAUCAGUGGGAAGGGGGAGGAAAAACCAGAAAGAAAUCCUAAAUCCUAUGUAUGUGCAUGUGGGAAGAGUUAUACAAGUAGCUCCCAUCUUUAUAGACAUCAGAGGACUCACCUAAGAGAGAAUUUAGCUUCAAAGGUGGUAACUGUUGAAGAGAAUAAUGAACAAAUGGAGAAGCCGAAGUUGCAGAAAAAGGAGAGAAAAGAAAAGUCCUAUAUAUGUGACUGUGGGAGAAGUUAUACCACUAGCUCGCAUCUUUAUAGGCAUCAGAAAACCCAUUGUGGGCACAGGUUUCGUGUAGGAGAAGGGGACAUCGACGGCACGUAGACAUAAUUGAGACAUUAUACAUAUAUUGUGGAAUAAGCUGCUCUGUACUAAUGAUGGCAGAAGAGGUUUAUAUAGAUAAAUAUUAAACCUGCUGUGGCACCAUUAGCCCUUUCUGUGUACCGUACGCGCUAACAGGGGAAAGCAGACAAUACCGCGGAUUAUGAAAAAAGAAAUUUGAUAUUUAUAAACCAGAUUAUGAAAGACCCCUGUUCGAUGUGACUACAAACACAAACUAUAUAAGGAGAAUCUCAUUUUAUAGAACUUUGUAUGAGCCUCUGUCUCAACUAAUUAUUUAAAUUUUAUUUUAUUGAAAAAUUUGACUUUUUUUUUUUUUUUUUUACUGUAUAUCAGUGAGUACUUCCUAAAGCCAUGAGCCUAUAUUAGGUAUUCCUCUAAGACAAGAGAACUCCUUCCAGAGGGG